AAGUCUUAGAGUGUAUCAUAUGAAGCAAACUCAAAGUCUUGGAUGACCUCCAAUGUUUGGGAAAAAACUCUGAAAGAGUUUGACAAAAAAUUCCAUGCAACAAAUCGUAAAGUGGCGUUUGUUGUGGACAAUUGCACAGCGCAUACUGAGGUAAGCAACCUUCAAUCAGUGGAGUUAGUUUACAUGCCGCCCAAUGCCACUUCAGUUUUACAGCCCCUUGAUCAAGGAAUUAUUUCCAGCUUCAAGAGACACUAUCGGAAACAUCUUGUAAGAGACUGGAUUAAAGCCAUUGAUGAAGGGAGAGAAUGGAAACAAAAUCUCUUAGAUGGCAUUAAUUACAUCCACAGGAGUUGGGCUGAUGUGACCGAUAAAACCAUCAAAAACUGCUUCAGGCAUGCUGGAUUUGUUGAAAGUCCAAGCUCGUCAGAAGAUGUUAAUGAUGAUGAAGAUGAUAACGUCCCUUUAUCUGAAUUGCUCAGGCAACUGAAAGAACGCAACAAAGAUGUGAUGGAUGAAGAAACAUACCUUGGAAUUGACCAAAAUCUCGUGACAUCUCCAGAACUAACCGUCUCGGAAAUCGCGAACGAAAUCCGCGAAAGACAUGUUCCAGCAUCUGAAGAGAGUGAAAGCGAGGAUGAGGUGGAAGUUCCUCCUUCCAAAAAUGAAGCUCUUCAGUGCAUUGAAGUUCUAAGAAAAUAUUUUUCUUCAAUAUCUGGCACUGAGGAAGAUUUGAACUCUGUGUACAAGCUCGAAAAAAGAAUUAUGCUAAGUAAUCCCCAUACCAAACAAACCCGUAUUGAUGGUUUUUUCAUUCCUAAAUAAAUAAAAGUAAGUUAUGUAAACCAUACUGUUUGUCUUUCUACUGAUGCUAUGUUUUAAUUGAAUUGUUUUAAUGCAAAUUCUUCAACGUUUUCUUUUUAUUUUAAGAAAUUGAAAUUUCACUGCUGUAUGUAAUAAUUGUUAAUUUAUGGGUAUUUUUCCAAUUUUUUGAAAAACAAUGCAACUCCGGUUCAUUCGUCACUCCGCUUAAUUCGUCAGUUUUUCAGAGGUCCCGAGAGUGUCGAAUUAACGAGGUUUGACUGUACUUAAAAGGUGCUAAUUUUUGUUGAAAGAUUUGGCUACGCACCCUGCUUCGAGAUAGAAUCAAGUUAACACAUCUUAUAUACUAGUGAAUUAAUGUUUAAAAAUCUUAGCACUAGUUACGUCACAAUUAACCCCCGCUAGAAUUUUAUCAAGGAUAGAAUUGGAUGAACGGUUACCACUUGUUGCCGUAUUUGUGAAAGACCAGGAGAGCUGUAUUAAGUUCACCAGAAUUUGAGCACUUGUAGUGAGAGCUAUAUUAAGUUCGAGUUUUGAGUGUUUGUCGCGAGAGCUGUUUUAAGUUCAUGGUUGUGUGUGUGGUCUCACCUGAGUUGCUAUUAGCAGUCGAGUGUGUGCAGGAUCCUGUUGUGUGUAAAUGAGACUGAGAAGCAACAGUGGGAGGAUAAUGUUGCAGUCACAAAUAGCAAGUCAACUGUUCAAUGUGGACCAUCCAUUUAGUCCGCUGGUCUCCAAUGUGGGCCAAAUAGUUAUGAACAAUGCCAACCUUUAUCUAUCUAAAAAAAACUCAAGAUAGAAUGAAGUUAACACAUCUUAUAUACUCUUGAAUUUUUGUUUAAUAAUCGUAGUGGUAGUUACGUCACAUUAACAAUAUUUUUUAAGUGUCAAAAUUUUAUUUUAUCAUUUUAAUAAUUUUGCUGGAGAAUUUCCUCUCAUACUUUUUAAAUUCUUGAAUAGAUUACCAAUGAAUAAAUGCAGUUCAUUUAUGUAUAAUAAUUUUUUUUUUACAGAAACAAGUUGUAAAAAGUG